AUGUUACCUCAAAUUCGCUCCACUUUGUUCAGGUCUGCUGCUCCAUUAAGAGCCCAAGCUGUCCGUGGCUUUAGAUCUUGUGCUCCUUCUUUGAUCCAAGUUGGUGACUCUAUUCCAUCCGUCUCAACUUUGAGAGAAGGUUCUCCAGGUAAUGAAGUUGAUUUGGCUCAAUUGACCAAAACUGGUAAAAGCAUUAUUGUUGGUGUUCCAGGUGCCUUCUCUCCAGCUUGUUCAGCUAGUCAUGUUCCAGGCUACGUUAAGCAUAUCAAAGAAUUCACUGAUAAAGGCUACAAGAUCUUUGUCACUGCUGUCAAUGAUUCCUUCGUGACUAAAGCUUGGGGUGAUGAGCUUGCCAAAGACAGUGGAAUUCGUUUCAUUGCUGACCCUUCAGCUGACUUCUCAAAAGCUACUGAAUUGUCAAUUGAUGCCACACCAUUCUUUGGUGGUGUCAGAAACAAGAGAUUCGUCUUGAUUGUGGAAGACGGUAAAGUCAAGUCUGAAACCGUUGAGCCUGACAACUUUGGAUUAGAUGUCACCAAGGCUGAAGAGAUCUUGAAGCAAAUUUAG